UACCUGGCGUAAAACGGGGCGGUGUUACCUGUGUUUACCUGGCGUUGUAACGGUACCCAGGUGAGUGCCGUUACCUCGUCACGGUUGAGUACUCACCCGAUAUAGGUAAACGUACCUGGCACUGUGCGUUUGGUUCAGACCGGCGUGGUAGCCCCAGACUAACGGACCUUGUGUUACCUGUAUAUAUUCUUACCUGGAUUAUACACCUGUAAUUAGUGAUGAACGAGACCAGGCACGUCAAUUAAACAGAAUGCCAAACUAGAGACCUUCUACGACCAUGGAGUUAACAGAACGCAGCUCCUCCCUGGAAUCUAUUCCCAAGGAUCUACUUCAGAAAUUGAAACAGUUUCGAUCCAACAAUCAGGAAUGCAGACGCUCACGUGAGGACAGUGAAGUUGAGACUUGCCUCAGAGACACAGAUUCCAUUCCACCCUCCCCACGGUCCACCCUUUCCGAUGACGUGUUCUUCAGGUUUCCCAAACGUAGUAUUGACGUUGAUGGUUCCGAUGAGAAACCGCCCCAGUGUUCCCAUAACGAUACACGUGAUUCCCGCCUUCCGUCCCCCGGGCCAGACAGAAACAAUUUUACUAUCUAUGGAGAGAAUUCUGAUUGGAUGUUAGCCGAGAGAACGAAACCAAGGUCACCCCCUGUGUCACCAAACAGUGCUGUACAUUACCAUGGCAACGGGUUCACCCCGAUCGCCGAACAGAACAGGGUAAUGCAUGAAAGGACACCGGUAAAAUCUUUACAUUGCCAUCCUUCGUUUUCCCAAAACAUCGAUCUCGACAUGAAAGGAUCUCCAAUGAAAUCCUCCCCGGUACCGAUGCUGAAUCCGGAAUACGGCCUUCAGGCUUGUAUGCAGGAUCGAACUCCGAUAAAGAUUCACCAGGAACGUCCGAGUCCCCGAAGGUCCCCAAUGAUGCAGGCCAUGAUGGAUAUACCUUACAGGGGAAACCGGUCCCCGUCUCCGUACGUACGAGAGACUGUAGAUCCCCGGGGGUCGGGACUGUCCCCAGAGUAUCACCGGGCCAUGUAUAUGGAGGGGCUUUCCAAGCGAGGAGCAAAGAAACAACUCUCCUUUGACGUAUCCAGUCGACCGUUUUUGUGUGCUGAACAAGAAGGUUACAGUGACGUCAUGUACCCAACACGAAGAAAUCGAUUCAGGGCUAACUCUGAUAGUGACGUCAUAGAGAUGGAGGAGCGUUAUGAUGAUGAUGAUUCUCGCCUGAUCAAGAAAUUCCUGUCACAUCUUAACCAACGUAAGAGGAAAGCGUCUGACAGAUUUGACUGUGAUUACGAGGAGGAAGCUGUGAUCCACGCUAAAAGAAGACGGAAAGAAUUAGAGAAACAAAUGAACUUGAACUACCUAAAACAACUUGAAGCAGAUGUGAACAUAUUGAAUAGUAAAUUAAGCAAGCCGGAACCGGAAAUACGUCCGGACAACUGUUCUUGCGCAGUGAUGGAGAGACAAUUCUUAAACAUGGCCGAGAAUGCUUACAAAAAUAUACGUCGCCAGGACAUGAGCACAGAGGGGUUUGCGCAGUUCCGGAAGGAACUCAGUGACACGAACGAUAUUCUUAAAGAAUCACUUCAAGUGCUACAACAUAUGAAAGAGUUCUGCGAACAUCGGCAGUUACUGCGGGCCUGAUUGAGGCACCACGUGACUGCCGUCGAGUUUUAUGUUGAUACCUCGGAAGCUUACUUUCAAUAGAUUUAAUCCGGUCAAAGCGAGAAAAUAAUUACACCUUAAAUUAUUUAGAUAAUUUUUCAAUUUCUAUUUAUUUUCAAAAAGAAAAAGUCUUUUAUGGAACAUUGCAAGAAUUGACGAAGAAUUGCAUAAUAUAUAUAGCGAAAACAAAAAAGUACAAUCGAGAAUAUACCACCAGCAUUCACGCCAAUAUAAUUACAACUGAAAUUCGUUAGUCCACACACACGUUUGUUGUUCGGAUUAAUGCGAUUCUCUGUACGGAAUCAUACACCUCACUAAUAUAUAGUUGCAUCACACCUAACUUAAUAUCAUGUGAGGAAUAUUCUAAGAUAAUUCUUGCAACGUUCCAAGCUUUUUCUAAUUGUGUUCACAUACUGAUACAGACGGCCGUCCAAUCUUUAUGUUCAAGUAAAUCCAUGUGUUCAGUGGUAUUGUGUUCAGUGAGCAAGACGUGUUCACGAUGUGUUGUUCAAUGUGUUCAAUGAUGUCGAAUUUGUGACAUUUUUAGCUAUAAGUUUGGAAAAAAUAUUGUGUUAUUUUUAAAUAUAUUUAAUAAGUGUUUGCAUUUUUUGAAUUUAUUGUUUAAUUAAUGAACAAAUAUUCCACAUGUUGAUAAUAUUGUUCAAUUUACGAACAAAUGUUGACUUUGUGUUCAAGUUUGAUCAAAAUGUUCAGCAUUGAUUCUUCAUUAUACAAAUAUUACCUUGCGCCAAGGUCAAUAUAACGUUUGUCUACCUUGGAUAGAGACGUUCGUGUCGGUUUGCCUUAGAAUGUUUAUUUGUUAUGUUUUAUGUUGUACAUCCAUAUGUACUAUGUAAUUUUAGAAAUUAAUUCUGUGAUAUACUAAUUUAAGAACUGGAGCAAAAUAACAUUCUCCUGCUAAAACGUUUUACAUUUUCAACAGUUUAAAAAUUAGUAUUGGAAAAAAACUGCUUAAAUAAUGCUAGUAUGACGCUAUCAGAUCACUUUAACUAAUGAUGGAAAACGUGAAAUGAUUUUGGACAAUAUUCUAUUUUACCAGGCCUAUUAUUUAAAUUUAUAGUUUGUGGUCACUAUUUUACCAGGCCUAUUAAAUUUAUAGUUUAUGGUCACUAUUUUAGCAGGCCUAUUAAAUUUAUAGUUUGUGGUCACUAUUUUACCAGACCUAUUAAAUUUAUAGUUUGUGGUCACUAUUUUACCAGACCUAUUAAAUUUAUAGUUUGUGGUCAUUAUUUCAUUGCAGUGGGUUGUGUGAUUUAUUCCAUAGAGUAACUAGUUGUUCUAUAAUUUAUAUAUUCAAAAUAUUCUUAUCAAACGUGUGAUCUAUUUAUAGCCUCUCCCCUCCUAGUUACUUACCUGUAUAAGUAGUAGUAAUGUAUCGGAUAGCUGUCUACUUUGGUUUGAUGUUUUGGUUCAGUUUUAAAUGUUUAACAUUCAGGUAGCAAUGCUACUUUUUGGUGAUAUAUUUGAUACACGCAAUUGUUGAGAUAAGAAUAUACAAAAUUUCGAAACUUAAAAUUCUAUUUAAGUCAUUCACCCAUGAAGACACAUGUAAGCUCUUUCAUUUCAAUGGUUUGAAUAGGUUCAUUAGGAAAUUUUUCAUUCACAAAAAUGUAUAUUUUGAUUUUUUUAUCAAAUAUUUCAAUACCAUUCAAUAUUAACACAAUCUGUCUCCAAUAUUUAACUGUUUAAUUUAUUUUAAAAUAUUUAUCCUCUGCCGUCCAGAAAAGGUCGUGCAGCCCUUAAUUUAUUCCCUCCAAAUAUAACUUAUUAUUUUGGGUUACCUCCCCGUUCGAUGCUCUCCAAAUCCUCUCGAAUCAAAACAGAGAUCAUCACGGUUUUAAUAAACAUCUACCAUGAACUGUGCUUUGAUUUGACAGUAUUUGACUAACACUAGCAUUGUCUGGUCAGAUACCAAGAGGGCGUGUCUGUCAGACAUGCGGUAGUCCCGAUUAUAUUUUCUAUAUGUGACUUAGAUGUAGUGGUAUAUUAAUUUAUUUGAGAACAUAUUUAAUUUCUUUUUAUAUGUCCAUCUUCCCUUAUCUGUCCGUCCACAGAGGAAAAUGACUUUUGUAUUAGCGAUUAUUAUACAUUGUAUUAAAUCAUACAUUCAUACAAACAUACAAUACAUUCCAUCACUGUUGUUUAUAAUAAAAGA